CUGCUAUGAAUACCCGGCGAAUUCCUGCGCUCUCCCUCUCUCUCCUCUCCUUCGCCGAAGAUCUCUCGCUCCUCGUGUCCCUCCUCUAGCCUCCCUCCUCGUGGUGGAGGAGCCUCUCGUGCCGUCUCCUCCCCCCCCUCAGGCGUUCCCGUUCGGUUAAUUUGACCGGCGAGACCGAGGAUGAAUCGGUGCGGGUAUCAGCAGAAGAACGCCAUGGGAGGGUACGAGGGGAUGAGGAGGGUGGUGGAGCCGGUGGUGUGCCCAAAGCCUCGUCGAUUCGGCCUGUUGAAUCAGUCCAUGGACGAUCCCAUCCGGCCUCUGAGACGCCAUAUCAAUCACCACGCAGAGGCAGGAGAUUCAACUGCCGGGGCUGAGCUUCUUGACAUCAUAUUAACGAAGCUUGUGCAGGGAGGUUAUGGCGGUGAGAGAUCCGCUGCUCCGGUGGCUUCAUCGCCACCAUUUUUCUGCGGAUCUCCUCCAUGCAGGGUGUCAAACCCCGUGAUCCAAGAUGCCCAGUUUGGGACUGAGCAGUUAAUGCCAUCAUCUCCCGCACCACCAUCGCCAUCAUCCUUAUCUGCACGUAAAGCAGCAGGAGGAGGAGGAUCUGUGAGGAUGAAGUUCGGGCAUAAGCCCGCUGCUGUGAGAAUCGAAGGUUUCGAUUGCCUGGGGAGAGAUCGCCGCAAUUGCAGCAUCUCUGCCUUAGCUUAAUCACAGGCCAUGCAUAACAUAACUAUUUGCAGAACAUGAAGGAAAAAGAGAGAGGCUGCUAAAAAUUUUUUGAGAUGGAAGAGCAGAGGUGGUAAUUUUGGGAGAGAUGAAGAGGAGGAACUAAUCAAAGAUAAGGCGAAUCUGUAGUUUUCUACUACUACUAUUACUACUUGUAUAUAUGAGUCAAUGGGAUGUCGUUGCUGAGUAUUUUUUUUUUUAUAAAUUUUCUUGGGUUUCAAUCUCAAGAACUUGUACAUGUAACUUAUGGGGUCGUGAGAGACGUUAAAUUUUUGCAGAAUAAAAGGGGGAGAGAAGUCUCUCUCUUUGUAGGGUGUCUGUCUGUACUUCGUUCUGGUGAGAGUUGGUUGAUAAGUGUUAAGAAGGAGGGGAAGGGAGGGACUGAGAGACAGACAGAGGGUCUGUGUUGCUCUAUGGAGUCUUGUUUCAUCACUUUCAUUACUCUUGUCCUCCAUUGCUAGUUGUAAUUUGGAGGAAGAAGUGGAGGAGUGGUGUCCUUUUUUUGGGAAUUUGACAUUUCGCUUGCAUCAUCCUGCAGCAAUCAAUAAGGUCCUGUACAAAAGCACAUGGAUGAUGAGAUUUGGGCAAUCUAUAUAUGUAAAUAAUUGAAUUUCUUUUGUUUC